AUGAGUAUAGUUUCAAAAUUAAAUACUUUUAUUCCGCUUUUAUUCACUUCUGGUUUUGAUAUUAUUGCUUUCACUGAAACAUUGCUUCAUCCAUUCAUAUCUACUGCUGAACUAAACUUCAAGAACUACACAAUCUUUUGCGGUGAUAGAUGUUCACUCAACAGCUCAAGUGGUCAAAGCGGAGGUGUGUUGAUUGCAAUUAAAUCCACCUUAAUAUGUACAUUUUUAAAUGUUUCUGUUAAAAGUGUCGAACACGUCUUUGUGCAACUAAAUUUAGGUCCUAAUACUUUGAUUCUAGGUUGUGUUUAUAUUCCAACUCUUUCUCCUUUAUCAUUAUACGAACAAUUUUUUGUAGCUGUUAAUGAACUUUUUAUAUCUAAUCCAAAAGCAAAAUGUAUUUUAUAA